AGGGAGGGAGUCAUUAGUACUGAAGUGCAGUUCAGAUCUGCAGGAUUUCCUCCCAACUCAGCCUUCAGACACGAAUUCCAGGGAUUUUUCUCCUCUUUCUCUUCCUCCAUUAUUUCUCCUUCUCUCUCUCUCUCUUUCCCUGCAUCUGUCUGCGCUGUUCCCUCUCUCUAUCCCUCUUUUUCCUCUCUUUUCUCUCUCUGUGUUUCUGACUCUGCUCGGGAUUUUAUGGAGUUACGCAUCUUCUCUGGAAUCUGCGUUUAAGACGGACUGCGAUUUUCGGGUUUUUCUUCGCUCGUUUUUGCGGAAAAGUGGACGGACUGUUUCUCCACGCCUCACUUUUCUUCUCCUCUACCUUUAUCCUGCGCUUUCGAGAAGAUUCACUGCGAACAGAGGAUUUGUUGCACUUUUUAACGCGCGUUUCUUUAAGGUUCUAUAUGGGUUUAAGGUUUGAGUAGAUUUCAGUUUCAGUAGAUUAACGUUAUAAGGUUAUAUAUAGAUACAUAUAUAUAUAUAUAUAUUUAUAUAUAUAUAUAUAUAUAUAUAUAUAUGUAUUGAUGGACGCUAGUUAAGUUAAUUUAACUAGCUGUUGUUACUUUGUAAUAGUUAAGGACGCUGGUUUGAACGCAUGUUUAUAUUUAUAGAUACUGAUACAGAUAUAAAUAUAUAAACUCACAUUCAGUGGAAAAUAAAAAUAAAGAAAGGAGGAUAAAGGAGGAAAACAGCAGUUUUCCAGACCCAUGGCACUUCCCAGCCAACAGCCUGGAUUUUAUCCAUGGUAGAGGAGGACAAGCCCAGUCUAACCCAGUUUAAGGAGGAAAAAAGACGGGAAAAGUUUUAUCGACGUUUUCAGCGUUACCCCCAUCCCCAUCCCCAUCCCCACCACCGUGCCGCUGGAUUAGCGCUACCCGGGGCUCCGGCGCACCGAGCCGGGCAAGAAUGCUGCUGCAGCCGCGUGCUGGAAGUCCGCUGCCUGGAAUUGCUCAUCUCUGAUCUUGUCAUGUUUUGAUGCUGUUCAUAUUUCGGUACAAAUAUGAUGAAAUGGCAGCCCCGGAAGAAGGCGUACUUCCGACAGGGUGUUGCCCUCCAGUACCUGGGUCGGCACGCAGAUGCCCUGGCUGCGUUCGCCUCGGGUCUGGCCCAGGACCCCAAGAGCCUGCAGCUGCUGGUCGGCAUGGUGGAGGCCGCCAUGAAGUCGCCACUACGAGAAUCUCUGGAGCCCACCUAUCAGCAGCUGCAGAAGAUGAAGCUGGACAAGAGCCCGUUUGUGGUGGUGUCGGUCAUCGGCCAGGAGCUGCUGACCGCCUCCCACCACGGCGCUUCUGUGGUGGUUCUGGAGGCGGCGCUGAAGAUCGGUACCUGCAGCCUGAAGCUCCGCGGCUCGGUGUUCUCCGCCCUCAGCAGCGCCUACUGGUCACUGGGCAACACGGAGAAGAGCACGGGGUACAUGCAGCAAGACCUGGAGGUGGCCAAGACUUUAGGUGACCAGACGGGCGAGUGCAGGGCUCACGGGAACCUGGGGUCAGCCUUCUUCUCCAAGGGCAAUUACCGCGAGGCCCUGACCAACCACAGACACCAGCUCGUCCUGGCCAUGAAGCUGAAGGACAGAGAGGCGGCGUCGUCGGCGCUCAGCAGCCUGGGCCACGUCUACACGGCGAUUGGCGACUACCCCAACGCCCUGGCCAGCCACAAGCAGUGCGUCCUGCUGGCCAAGCAGUCCAAGGACCAGCUGGCAGAAGCUCGCGAGUUGGGCAACAUGGGCGCCGUCUACAUCGCCAUGGGGGACUUCGACAACGCCGUGCAGUGCCACGAGCAGCACCUGGGCAUCGCCAAGGCUCUGGGCGAUAAGCGCGAGGAGGCGCGCGCCUACAGCAACCUGGGCAGCGCCUACCACUACCGCCGCAACUUUGACAAGGCCAUGUCCUACCACACCCACGUGCUGGAGCUGGCACAGGAGCUGGAGGAGAAGCCCAUCGAGAUGCGGGCGUACGCCGGCCUGGGCCACGCUGCCCGCUGCAUGCAGGACCUGGAGCGCGCCAAACAGUACCACGAGCAGCAGCUCAGCAUCGCCGAGGGCCUAAAGGACCGCGCCGCCGAGGGACGCGCCUCCUCAAACCUGGGAAUAAUCCACCAGAUGAAAGGAGAUUACGAGACGGCUUUGAAGCUGCACAAAGCUCACCUCUCCAUUGCCCAGGAGCUGAACGACUACGCUGCCCAGGGCAGGGCCUACGGCAACAUGGGCAACGCUUACAACGCUCUCGGCGCCUUUGACCAGGCUGUGCGCUACCACCGGCAGGAGCUGCAAAUCUCCAUGGAGGUCAACGAUCGUGCCUCGCAGGCCUCUACCCACGGCAAUCUGGCCGUGGCCUACCAAGCCCUGGGGGCUCAUGAUCGAGCCCUGCAGCACUACCAGAACCACUUGAACAUUGCCCGCGAGCUACGCGACAUCCAGAGCGAGGCCCGGGCCCUGGGGAACCUGGGGAACUUCCACUGCUCGCGGGGCGAGUUCCCUCAAGCCGUGCCCUACUACGAGCAGUACCUGCGGCUCUCGCCUGACCUCCAGGACAUGGAAAGCGAGGGCAAGAUCUGCCACAACCUGGGCUACGCCCAUUAUUGCCUGGGCAGUUUCCAGGAAGCAGUAAAGUACUACGAGCAGGACCUGGCACUGGCCAAAGAUCUGCACGAUAAGUUGAGUCAAGCCAAAGCCUACUGCAACCUGGGCCUGGCCUUCAAAGCCCUGGGUGACUACAACAAGGCCGAAGAGUGCCAGAAGUACCUUUUAUCUUUGUCCCAGUCGCUAAACAACUCGCAGGCCAGGUUCCGCGCUCUGGGAAACCUUGGCGACAUCUUCCUCUGCAAAAAGGACGUACCCGGUGCAAUCAAGUUCUACGAGCAACAGCUGGCACUGGCGCAUCAAGUCAAGGAACGUAAGAUGGAGGCCAAUGCUUACGCUGCUUUAGGGGCUGCAUACCGGAUGCUGCAGAAGUACGAUAAGGCUCUUGGAUACCACACGCAGGAACUGGAGGUAUACCAGGAGCUUGGGGACAGCCAGGGAGAGUGCCAGGCUCACGGGCACCUCGCGGCUGUCUACAUGUCCCUGGGGAAGUACAGCAUGGCCUUCAAGUGCUAUGAGGAGCAGCUGGAGCUCGGCCAGAGGCUGAAGGAUCCUAGCGUGGAGGCCCAGGUCUACGGGAACAUGGGCAUCACCAAAAUGAACAUGGGGGUGAUGGAGGACGCCAUUGGCUACUUUGAGCAGCAGCUGGCUAUGCUGCAACAGCUUAGUGGCAACGAGGCAGUGCUGGAUCGUGGCCGGGCGUACGGAAACCUGGGAGACUGCUACGAUUCACUAGGUGACUACGAGGAGGCCAUCAAGUACUACGACCAGUACCUAUCAGUGGCACAGAGCCUGAACCACAUGCAGGAUCAGGAGAAGGCCUAUAGAGGACUGGGCAAUGGACACAGAGCGAUGGGGAACCUGCAGCAGUCUCUGGUGUGUUUUGAGAAGAGGCUGGUGGUGGCUCAUGAGCUGGGCGAGUGCAGCGGGAAGGCGCAGGCGUACGGGGAGCUGGGCAGCCUCCACAGCCAGCUGGGAAACUACGAACAGGCCAUCUCCUGCCUGGAGCGUCAGCUCGCCAUCGCCCGAGACACCUCCGACCCCCUGCUGGAGGGCCAGGCCAGCUGCGGGCUGGGCGCCGUCUACCAGCUGAUGGGCGAGUACGACACGGCGCUGCAGUUCCACCAGCGAGACCUGCAGAUCGCCGAGGAGAUGAGCAGCUCCGGCUGUCAGGGUCGGGCGUACGGGAACCUGGGCCUCACCUACGAGUCUCUGGGGAACUUCGAGCGGGCGGUGGUUUACCAGGAGCAGCACCUGAGCAUCGCCGCCGAGACCAACGACCUGGCGGCCAAGACUCAGGCCUACAGCAGCCUGGGCCGCACCCACCACGCCCUCCAGAACUACUCCCAGGCAGUGAUGUACCUGCAGGAAGGUCUGCGUCUGGCGGAGCAGCUGGGCCGGCGUGAGGACGAGGCCAAAAUCCGCCACCGUCUGGGGCUCUCACUGUGGGCCAGCGGCAACCUGGAGGAAGCCCAGCACCAGUUGUAUCGUGCCUCUGCUCUGUUUGAGACUAUUCGACACGAGGCUCAGCACAGCACCGACUACAAGCUCUCCCUGUUCGACCUGCAGACCUCCUCAUACCAGGCUCUCCAGAGGGUCCUCGUCAGCCUCGGUCAUCAUGAUGAGGCGCUGGCGGUGGCCGAGCGGGGCAGGACCAGGGCCUUCGCCGACCUGCUGGUGGAGCGGCAGACGGGUCAGCAGGACUCAGACCCCUACACCCCCGUCACGGUGGAGCACAUCCUGGACACGGUCAACAGCCAGCGGGCCCUGGUGCUCUACUUCUCGCUGGCGGCGGGAUACCUGUACAGCUGGCUGCUCGCCCCCGGCUCAGGUAUCCUGAAGUUCCAUGAAGUGUACCUGGGCGAUGGGGCAUCUGAGGGCGGGACUUCCGACUUCCAGGAGUCCGGGGGCGUGUCUCUGCAGGCGGUUGGAGGGGGCGGGUCUUCGCUGGAGCAGCACAUCGCUAACGCCCGCGAGGCUCUGGGCGUGGACUCCUACUACAGCAGGGUGUGCUCCAGCAGUGAGACUGAGAGUGAGGCGGGUGAUCUUCUGGAUCAGCAGUUUGAGGAGCUGAACAACAAGCUGAACUCUGUCACCGACCCGACGGGCUUCCUCAGGAUGGUCUCCAGAAACAACCUCUUCAACAGGAGCUGUCAGAGUAUGACGAGUCUGUUCAGUAACACAGUGUCUCCAGUUAAAGAAGGAAGCUCCUCUCUGUCCCGUCGCUCCAGCGCUCUCAGUAAACCUCCUCUCAGAGCUCUGUACGACCUUCUCAUUGCUCCUAUGGAAGGGGGUCUGAUGCACUCCAGUGGUCCGGUGGGUCGGCACAGGCAGCUGGUUCUGGUUCUGGAAGGUGAGCUGUAUCUGAUCCCCUUCGCCCUGCUGAAGGGAAGCUCCUCCAACGAGUAUCUGUACGAGCGCUUCAGCCUCAUCGCCGUGCCCUCCAUCGGCAGCCUGGGGGCAACCGCCAAGGUUCAUCCUCGUCGUGCGGGGCCGGCGCUCUGCAGUGGGGGCAGCUCCAUGGCGGCGGUGGUGGGUAACCCUCGCCUCCCGUCCUCAGUGAUGGACCGCUGGCUGUGGGGUCCGAUGCCCACGGCUGAAGAGGAGGCCAGCAUGGUGGCGGAGCUGCUGGGCUGCCAGCCUCUGGCCGGUCCGGCCGCCACCAAGGAGCGGGUGAUGAGCGCGCUGAGCCAGGCCGAGUGCGCCCACUUCGCCACCCACAUCUCCUGGAAGCUGGCUGCCCUGGUGCUGACACCCAGCCAGGACGUGGGCCCCGGGGCUGGGGCCGCCGCUCCCUGCGGGGCGUCCGGGAGCGCGGAGGGGGCUGGGAAGUCCAGCUACACCAUUCCUGAGAGCCUGCGGAUGCAGGACGACGCCAGCGACGCCGAGAGCAUCUGCGACAGCCCGCCGCUGCAGGAGUUCCUGCUCACCGCCGCCGACAUCCUGGACCUCAGACUGCCCGUCAAACUGGUGGUGCUGGGGUCGUAUCAGGAGUCGGACAGUAAGGUGACGGCGGACGGGGUGGUGGGUCUGACCCGGGCGUUCCUGGCGGCGGGGGCUCAGUGUGUGCUGGUGUCUCUCUGGCCCGUACCCGUCGCCGCAUCCAAGAUGUUCGUCCACGCCUUCUACACCGCCCUGCUGAACGGCACCAAGGCCAGCGCCGCCCUCGCUGACGCCAUGAAGACCGUCCAGAGCAGCAAGCAGUUCUCACACCCCUCCAACUGGGCCGGCUUCAUGCUGAUUGGCAGUGAUGUGAAACUGAACAGCCCCUCGUCCCUGAUUGGCCAGGCUCUGGCUGAGAUCCUGCAGUAUCCCGACAAAGCCAGAGACGCCCUGAGGGUCCUGCUGCACCUGGUGGAGAAAUCUCUGCAGCGUAUUCAGAACGGGCAGCGUAACUCCAUGUACACGUCUCAGCAGAGUGUGGAGAAUAAGGUGGGCGGGGUGCCGGGCUGGCAGGCUCUGCUCACCGCCGUGGGCUUCAGACUGGACUCGGCCGGUACCGGCCUUCCUAGCGCCGUCUUCUUCCCUACGGCCGACCCGGGAGACCGGCUCCAGCAGUGCAGCACCACCCUGCAGUCCCUGCUAGGUCUUCCUCCUCCUGCCCUGCAGGCCCUGUGUAAACUCAUCACCGCCUCAGAGACCGGAGAGCAGCUCAUCAGCCGGGCUGUUAAAAAUGUAGUGGGAAUGCUCCACCAGGUUCUGGUUCAGCUUCAGUCCGGAGAGAAGGAGCAGGAUUUCUCUCUGGCGCCGAUUCAGGUCUCCAUCAGCGUCCAGCUCUGGAGGCUCCCGGGCUGCCACGAGUUCCUCGCUGCUCUGGGGUUUGAUCUGUGUGAGGUCGGUCAGGAGGAAGUGGUGCUAAAGACGGGAAAGCAGGCGAACCGCCGCACCAUGCACUUCGCUCUGCAGUCUCUGCUGGCGCUGUUCGACUCCACAGAGCUGCCGAAGCGCCUGAGUCUGGACAGCUCCUCCUCCCUGGAGUCUCUGGCUUCUGCCCAGUCAGUGUCCCACCAGCUGCCCCUGGGGUACCCCAACCCCCCCUUCUCCCCGCCCUGUCCCGACAGCCUAGCGUCGGACGCCAUCUCCGUCUACAGCCUGAGCUCCAUCGCCUCCUCUAUGAGCUUCCUCUCGCGUCCCGACGGCGCCUUGGACCUUACCGGUCAGCAGCUGGAUCGCCACCGCGGCCUCUUCGCCCCCCAGCGUCACGCGGCCGUGCCCCGCAGCCGCUCCUCCCCGCACAGCGCCGCUGCCGGCACCGGCCACGACGACGAGGAGUACGAGGGCUACAGCAUCAUCAGCAGCGAGCCUCUGGGCACCCACUGCGACACGCUUCCACGCCCGGCGGGGGCCAGGCACCACCGCGGUGCGACCCGCGGGGGCGUGGGCAGGGGGUACGGGGCAUCGGUGUCCUCCAGAGGGAGCGUCAGCACCCCAACAUCACCGGUAAAAGCGAGCCUCAUACCCAGUCCAAACUCCCCCUUUCAGAAGGUGGGCAAGGUGAGCAGCUCUGAUACGGGCGAAUCGGACCAGUCCAGCACCGAAACGGACAGCACUGUGAAAUCGCAGGAGGAGCGACCUCCCGGAGCCCCUCUGGACCCGCAGGAACUGGCGCAGAAGAUCCUGGAGGAGACCCAAAGCCACAUGAGAGCAGUGGAGACCCUGCAGAGGAGCGCCAGGCACGCGGCCGCCAGCGACGGCACGAGAGCCGGCGAAGCCUCGACCCCAACCGGAGGAUCCGCCUUCCGUUCAUCAGAAACCAGCGCCUUCAGCCGACCCAACAGCAGAGCCAGCAUCAAAGCCCAGUCCUCGCCGCUCCCCAGCCGCCCUAAACCGCCGUCUCGCACCUCAUCACUCCAGAAGAUCAGCUCCGGCUACAACAGUCCCGCCACCUCCGAGACGUCGCUAAAGGAUGGCAGCCAGCCCUCGCCGACCUCCGACGGCCACAACCAGUUCAAGCUCAAAUACCCCAGCUCGCCCUACAGCGGCCACAUCUCGCGCUCGCCCAGCAACAUCUCCCCCAGCUCCGGGCACCAGUCGCCCGCCGGCAGCGCCCCCUCGCCCGCCCUGUCCUACUCCUCCACCGGCUCCACCCGCUCCAGCCCUGCCGACGCCCCCACCGACCUCGACCGGCUCAGGCUGGCUGCCAUCGACGAGAAAGUACAAGCCAUCCACAAUCUAAAAACCUUCUGGGCGAGCGCCACCCAGCAGCAUCACUCCGGCCCAAUGAGGGCCGUCCGGGGCGGAGCCAAAAUGAGUCCCGCCCAAAGAGACGUCCUAGGCCUUCUCAACCUGUCCCCUCGCCACCACGGCGUUGGCACGGGUCAGGACAUGACCGGUCACGAACUGCAGGACAUGGGGCUUCAGUCCCUGGAGCGCAGGAACCCUCCAAACGGGCAUCGAAAAAUCGACCCGAAGCGAGUCGCCCCGUCGCCGACCGCGCCCACCGGGAGGAGCCCCGGCUCCCAUCCAAUCAGACUGCCUACAGGAAACGGGUACAAGUUCCUGUCUCCUGGGAGGUUCUUCCCCUCAUCCAAAUGCUGAAAACUUUGCCCCUAUGUUCAUAAGUACGUUUCUGGUGGAAUUAAAAUUCGGGUGCUCAGAUAUUCGGGUGCUCGCCCGUCUCCCGGAGACGGUGGCCAAGAGACGCCAGGUUCGGUUGUGCCAUAGAUACCGCAGCCUCGCUCCGCCCACCGUUUCAGACUGACCACAAGAGCAUAUAAUCCUUAUGCUUCCACCGACACUGUAAAAAACAUUGAUAUAUGCAGACUGACCCUCAGAACUGACCCAGAGAACUGAGUCCGGGGGCAAAAAACAAACAAACAAAAUGAGAAAAAAAAAAGAUUAUACCAAAACGGUAUUCCUACAAAAGACGCUCGCUGUUUGUGUUAGUGAAGACCACAUGGCUUUGUCUGGUUCGUUUGUUUUUCGUUUUGUUUUUUUGAUUUUUUGUUUUUCUUCUUUGUUUUUUUAAUAUAAUUAUUGUUAUUAUUGUUAUAAUUAUGGAUUGUAGUUGUUAUUACAGUUAUUUGUUUUGUAAAUUAAAUCAAGUGUUUUGCAAUCAGUAUUAUACGUUUUUUAUAAUAUUAAAGAGGCAGACUGUGCACAGAAAAAAAAAAAAUAACGUUGAAGAAACAUUUUCAUAUUUUUAUUGAAAUGGUGAAAAACUGCAUCUGACCCGACUUCUGUGUGAACUGAGUGUCAGUAUUACAGCAUGGGUUCUCUUGCUAUCCAGUGAUUCAAUGUCUUUUUAACAGAGAUUUUGCAUAUGUUCUCAUCCAGAAAUAUCUCAGUCAUUUCUCAGUAAAAUGUCUCAAUAAAAGGAUUUAAUUUA